AAUGCUCACUGUAUUGGCGAAAUUUCCGGUAUCUAAAUAUUUACUUUCACCAGAAUUUACGAAUAAAUAAAAUUUAAGUUAUUUAUUCAACAUUGGAAUUUUCUCUCAUUCAUAUACCCAUCUUGUGGUAUUUUUAUUUUUUCUGAACACCCUAUUAUUAUCCUCCUAUAUUUGGCAACAGCCAGAAGGCUAAACAAUUUCCGUCAUAUAUAAUUUUUUUUCAGAGCACAUAUUUAUCUUCUUUGCUUGAAAAAUAUUAUCAAAACUUCUCAGAAUUUUCGAGGAGUUUGUUUGAUGGAAAUUAUUUAUAACUGAUAUUAUUAAACAUAUUUAUGUAGUCUAUAAUUUUUAGUGCAUUUAUUUAUUUUUCAAUCAGUUUAUGGCGUACUCUUUUAGCAACCCUAAAAUUAUAUUAAAAAAAAAAAAAGAAGAGAGAGGAUAAAAUUUUUAUUUGAUUUAAUGUUUACAUCAAUGGUGUCAAGGACAUUAUCUUAAAGUUGAAAAUAAAAAUAAUGUUAAAUAAAAUAAACAAAAUAAUCAGUAUUGUGUGAUACUAAAUAAGGUGUGCAUAUAACUCUUUGAUGAUACGAAGAAAUAAAACAUAAACAUGCACGUUUACUUACUGACAGAGAAAAAAAAAAAAGUACAUUUACUUGAGGCUUCUUCAUUUUUAUUUUUUAUCAAUUCAACAAAUUAUUAAUUUUUCUAUAUAAUAUAAAACGGACGUGCAAAAUUGUGGAAACAAUUUUUCAAUUUAAUAGCAUAGUAAUUAUGAAAUUAUUAUAGAGACAAAAAUAAAUACCAAGACAUUCGUUUUAAUUCGAUUAAUACCAAUUGACCUCGCUCACUCAUUUUACAAAAGAAAUAAAGUUAAUAAUAACAAAAAUAAAAUUACAAGCUUUUAUACUGAUAUACAAUAUUAAUUCCAUAUGAGUUGGCACAAUUUUUUACAUAGUUCCUAAUAAUAUUGGUACAUGCAAGUGCUUAUUAACGAGUCAUUUAUUUUCGUGCAAGAAUAAAGAAAAAAAAAAUUACAUGUACAUAAUAAUAUAUAUAAUCUCAUUUAACUGGUCACAAGACUAUACAGUAUUUUACAGCACAAAAAAAGCCUGCGGAUAUUUGCUUUAUUAAUUAUGAUUGUUUUUUUUUUAUUUUUUUUUUUUUGAACUGUUGACAUAAAAUACUAAUAAUUCAGGUCAUUUUUCUGAUAAUUUGAGAAAGCCAAUGUCAACAUAAAUGACACAUUGAAAUUAUUAUACACAAAGUAAAAUCAAAAAUUUAAAGAAUUUUUCAAUUUUUUAAUUUAAUUUUUUUUUAUUUUCAAUUUGAGCAAUAAUAUAUAUAAAUGCAUGAGUGGCUGUCUUAUCUUUGACAGUAUACUUUAAAAUUAUUUUUCGUUGUGUAUUUGUACAAAGAGAAGACAAUAGUAAAAUAAUAAUAAUUUAAUUUAUUUGCACAUAUGCAUCUGUACGAUUUGUUUAUUGUCAAUGUUCACGUGUAUUGGAUCUCAGUUUAAAGACAAAGACACAUACUAAAACUUGGCUGUCUCGUAUAUAAAUACUCGCUCUUACAUUCGCUCCUGCUUAGUAUCAUUGUAUAUUUUGCACAGUAACGCUAAGCUCAGCUUGUCGUUUAAUUUAUUGACAGUGUUAAGUUGCAACCUGCACUAGUAAUUAAUUAAUAUACUAUUAAAAUUUUAGUUGAGGUAUAAUAUAUUUUUAAUAAAUUAAUUUUUAAAAAUGAAAAAAAUUAGGCAAUAGGUACACUGAAAAAAAGAGAAAAUAUUAUUUUAUAAUUAAUUUUUUAAUUAAAAAUCAAUCUUUUGAAAAAAAAAAACAAAAAUACAAAAUCAUGCGAGCCGAGAUAAUAAUGUCACAACGAUAUUUGUCUGUUAUCUUGGUAUCUCAGUGUGAUAAAGGUGACUGAUAAAGUGUGAUUUUUUUUUUUAAAUAAAUUUUUCUUUUACAUUUUAUAAUAAAAUUUUAAUAUCAUUAUUUUUUUUUUUUUUUUUUAUAAAUAAUCAUUACUUCGAGUUGAUAAAGUUCCUCCUUCAAUCUGCACUUCCCCUUCUAUAUUAGCAGAAUUUUUAUCUUAUAAAUUUCUGACUAAUUGAUGUAUUAAAAAAUUAAUUUUUUUUCAAUUAGUCUGAUCGUUGUGUUUCACUGUGUCUCACAAUAUAAAUUAAACGUUUAAAUAUUAAAAUAAAAAAAAAACGAAAACUUUUGCAAAAAAAAAUAAAAAGGAAUAAUGUAAUAAAAUCAAAGUGACAACAAUUAUUUACCUGCAAUCAAGUUUAUAUUUAUGGGAAAAAAAUAAAUAAAACAAAAGGAAAAUAAUAAAAUAAUAUUGGCCUCUCAAGGUCAACAAGAUUGUUGGCGAAUAAAAUUCGCAUAUCUGAGGUCUGUUCACCUUUACAUUCACCUUGGAAGGGCGUGUAUUAAACAAGAAUAACAAAAAAAAAAACCUCAACUAACCGUCAAAGAACCUGAAGAUAUAUUCACAUCGUUGUCUCUUGAGUCUACUUCAGUCUUCGUUGUGUUGCCUUUGUGGUUUCAUCGUCUCCAGGAUAUCUAUAUUCUUCUGCUUUUAUUUUUAAUUUUUCUAAUUUCAUAUAAAUUAAUAAUUUAUAUAUUAAUUUAAAUCCCUGCCACUUCAAACAAUAUAUAUUGUUUAAAAUAAUUUUUCAAUAAUUUUACAAUUUUGCUCACAAAUAUAUUAUUACCGCAGUGUUAACAAAAAAAAAAAUAAUAAUAAUAUUCAAGUUGAGAUAUAUAGGUAAAAGUGUGAUAAAUAAAAAUUUGACAAGGAUAAAAAACAAAUUGUUUAUACUAUUGUGGAGGUGAUGAAAAAAAGGUGAAGGAGAAGAGGAAAAAAUAUAAAUAAAAAAAAGCAGUCGAGCAUAGUGCCUAGGCCAACACACUGCUUUUGCUGUUGCUACUGCUGCUGCUGCUGCUGUUGUUGUUACUGACGAUGGCUUGGUUUUAAUAAUAAUACUUGUUCUGGUGUUAUUGGCCAGUUGUACGAAACAAACUCAACAUACAGCACCAGUUAAGUCUGUCCAUAGUGAAAAGGCGGUCGUGGGCUGUAGGUCGGCUUUCACCGGGAUUUAAUACCAAGCAACAUCGAAGGCUCUAACCGCAUAUCUAUAUACACACCAUCAAGUUUAAAUUAUUAACGUCUGUUCAAGUAGUGGUAUUAACUGAGUGCGAUUAAAUGCAACUAUUCACGUAACCAUUAUGUGAAAUUUUAUCAUAUAUACUUGGAAUUUAUAUUUUAAAAAGUGUCAGCUAGUGAAUUUUGUUAGUAGAAAAAAAGUAAUAUUUUUUUUUUACUCAUUUCAUUUGCAACAAUUAAAUAAAUACUAUAACUAUAAAUUAAUAGUUUUUAACCAGUGAAAAAAAUUAAUGUCAAGUUUUUCAGUCAAUAAUAAUAUGGAAAUGUUUAUCAUGGAUUCACCAAGUUCUAUACCAUCAAUUGCAAAAUUUGCAUCGACAAAUUCAAUUCCAAUUAGUAUUGAGGAAUCAGCGACAAUUAAUCAUCAUCACAAUAAUAAUAUUAUUAAUUAUAAUAAUAAUAAUAAUAAUGAACCACAACAACCAACAGUUAUAUUUCGUGAAUCAAAAGGUCGUCGUCACAGUGUCCUAGAUGAUUUACGUGCACGACGUGACAGUUUUUUUUCACGUGCAAGACGUGGAAGUAUAUUUGAUGAAAAAGAAAAUAAUAAAUUAAAAGAACCAAAAGAAACAAAAGAAAUAAAAGAAAAACGACGUAGUAGUGAAGGUAAUCAACGUCGUUCAUCAGUAUUUUAUGUUACUGAUGAUUUAUUAGAAGAAAAUCAUGAUGUUGUUUUUAAUGAAAAAGAAAAAGAAAAGUUAAAAAAAGGACGUAGAAAAUCAUGGCAUCCAUUGGCUAAUAAUAAAACACCAAAAACUGAUAGAAAAAGAAAAAAAGGACUUUUUGGUAUACCAUCUGAUGUUGGCAGCACUGAAGCAAUUUAUGCUGGAAGACAAAAAAGACUAUCAUGGUGGAAUAUAUUUGUACCAGAUUCAGUAUCAAGGUCCAGGCGUUUAUCUCAGCAGGAUGUCACACAUUCAAGAUCAACGGAAAAUUUGCCAGCUUUUCGGAGUAAAAGUAGAAGUGUAGACCAUGGAUUUACUACACCAUACGACCUGGAAUCACUUCGAAGCAAAGUCGAGGGUCGUUUUGAGUCUGUUGACAAGCUUACAAGAGAUUCAGAAGGUGAAGGAAAAGAUGGCUCAACUCUUCAAGAAAAAAAACAAGCACGUCUUACUCAACCAGAAAAUACAACUGCAUAUACUGUGGGUGAAAGAGAUACAUUGACAUCAGUUGCAGCACGUUUUGAUACAACACCUUCUGAGCUUAGUAAACUAAAUAGACUUGGUAGUACUUUUGUCUAUCCAGGUCAAAAACUUUGGGUACCAACAAAAGGUGAAGCAAGAUCAGGAAGUCAAGCAAGUCAAAUUGAUACAUCAAGUCCAGAUCCAAGUCAUGAUCAUGAUUCACAAGAUGAUCUUCCACCUGAAGAAAAAGAACUCUUGGGUAAUUUACGACCUUCAUCACCAAAACCAGGUCACAUGGAACGAGUAAAAACACCACUUGACAAAAACAAUGAAGCUAUGAAUGAAGAAACACCAGCAUACAGAGAAAGAUUUUUAAAAAUAAAUGUACGCCAUAUCACAGAUGGACAGGGUGUUGUUGGUGGUGUAUUAUUAGUAACACCAAAUGCUGUGAUGUUUGAUCCAAAUGUAUCUGAUCCAUUGGUUAUUGAGCAUGGUGCUGAAUCUUAUGGUGUUAUUGCACCAAUGGAAUUUGUUGUUAAUGCUGCUAUUUAUUAUGAUAUUGCACAUAUGAGAGUUAGCCAUACUGAUAAUUGUAGUGCUGAUAAAAAACCAGAAAUAUAUUUUAUUAAAAAACCAACAACAGAUAGAAAAUGUUUAUCACCUGGUAAAGAUGAAAAUUUUUCUGAACUUACUGUUGAUGAUAAUGAGAGUGUUUGUAGUUGUGCUGAACGUGAUGGUGAUGCAUUUCCAAAAGCAUUUGAACGUGAUCUUGUAACACCAACAAACCUUCAAAAUGAUGAAGGCUCGUCAACAGAAAAGGAGAAGGAUAAAAAUUUAAAAAAGGAUAAAAUUGAGGAGACUGGUGACAUCAAAAAGGAAUCACUUGGAAUGCCAACUAAAACUUUGGAGGAACGCAGGCGUUCUAUGUUGGAUCAUCAUUGGGCAGUACCAAGUAAAGACAGACUCUCCUUCUCAGUUGACGAAGAACAACAAGAUUCCGUAAAUUCCGACAAGAUGACAGAACCACCAAAACCGAGUGCCAUUCCAGAAGGUGAAGAAGGAUCUCUAGUCAAACAGUCAUGCUACGAUUCUGGUAUCGACAUUCGUGAACCUAAUCCCCCUAUUCCCGUAGUUCAACCCAUUCCCUCCAAGAAAGUCUAUUCGGACGCGGACAUAGUUUUAUCUUCAGAUUGGGUGCCGCCGUUGACAAUCGUACCGACAAACGUAUCUGGCAAUUCACUGGAGGCUAACUUGGCAAUAAAUGGAAGAAAAAAAGCGAGCUCGGUGUCAUUCAGUCUGGAUAGUAAUGCUGAGGAACCAGAAAAAAUUGAAGAAACCAAGGAAGAGGAAAAACAAGGCACAAAAAAAAAUAAGAUGAUGAAAAGAUUGUCAUAUCCUCUUUCCUUGCUAGAGGGUUUCACUACUGAAAAGGAAGAUGACAAAUCACUCUCUGACAAAGUAUCAAGUCAACCAAACAGUGCUGACAGUCAUCAUUCAUCAGUAUUCAGUAAAGUUUUUUCAAGCUCGCCAAUCAACCUGGUGAGUGACUUUAGCUCGGGACUAUUUGCUAAAACACCAAGUGAAGAGAGCAGUGGAGGUGGUAAGUCAGGUGGUACACCUCCUCUUACUGCCUCCUCACUCUCACAGGACUUCAGCUAUCCUCAAUUUUCACCGAGCUUCCUUGGACGAUCAUCAACAAAUGCAAUUGGUAUUGCUGGUCGUCAAAAUACUGUAACAUCAUCUGGCAACAGCAGCAUGGAUAGUGGACGUGGACAUAAACAAAUGCCACCAAAAUUGGAUUAUCGUAGCAUGGUCUCAGUUGAUGAUAUGCCUGAACUUUUCGUUAGUUUCGAUAAGUUGAUACCAAGACCAGCUCGCAGCUGUGAGGAUCCACCAUUAUAUCUCAGAUUACGAACUGGCAGACCCAAGGACAAAAAAAUUCCUCGUUCAACUCCAAUUAUGAGCUAUGGAAAGAAGAAAUUACGUCCUGAAUAUUGGUUCAGUGUUCCACGUAACAGGGUUGAUGAUUUGUACAAAUUUAUACAUGCCUGGGUACCAACACUUUAUGGUGAACUUGAUGAAAAUUAUUGGCAAGAACGUGGCUACAUACUUUCCGACACUGACACAGAUAUGUCACCGGAAAUGUCACCACAAGAAACUGGUGAAACUGGUGAAUCUGGUGAUGAUAAAAAAUCACCAAUUGAUAGUGAUGACAUAACUGAUUUAACAAGAGAGUCAUGGGAGUUAAUCAAGGCGCCGUACGUAAAGCUCUACGCAAUUCUGAAGACGUCGACAUCAGCCGACGCUGAGCCAAGCCUGGAUCCCGAGGUAUUGUCAAUGAGUGAAGAACUUAGAAGAGCAUUGUAUGCAAAUAGUGCAAUAUCAUUGGAUAUUGAUGUUAUUGUACCUGAUCUUGUUGGUGCAACUGAAAUUCUAAGUGAUGAACAUAGAGAAAAUCUUUGUCGUCAUUUACCAGCAAGAGCUGAAGGAUAUUUAUGGACACUUGUAUUUAGUACAAGUCAACAUGGCUUCAGUCUGAAUAGCAUGUACAGAAAAAUGGCUAAAGUUGAAAGUCCAAUUCUUCUAGUCAUUGAAGACACUGAAGGAAAUGUUUUUGGUGCCAUUACAUCAUGCUCACUUCGUGUUAGUGAUUUAUUUUAUGGAACUGGUGAAUCUCUGUUGUUCAGGUUUACACCAAAAUUCCAAGCAUUUAAUUGGACUGGUGAUAAUCUUUAUUUCAUCAAAGGAAACAAUGAGAGUUUAGCAAUUGGUGCUGGAGAUGGAAAAUUUGGUCUAUGGCUGGAUGGUGAUCUUUAUCAAGGACGAACACAAACAUGCAGUACAUAUGGCAAUGAACCACUAGCACCACAUGAAGACUUUGUCGUUAAAACACUUGAAUGUUGGGCGUUCAUAUAGGAUAUGGCCAGUGCGUAUCGCACGACAUUCUCACCGCAGCCAAAUUUAACCUGAACUCAUAAUUUGUUAUGGAAUAACAAAUACAUGUGUCAGGAGAGAUUAGACUUUUGAUCACUAUUUUCAGAUGAUUGACACAAAAAAUCUAAAACAUAAAAAAUAAAAUUAUUUAAAUUAAACUGGAUAAUAAAUUGUUUUUUUUUUUAAAAAAAAACAACAGUUAUAUAAAGAUUAUAAUUAAAAAGAAAAAAAAAAAAAAAUUAUAUAAAAAAAGAUACCUGAAAAAAAAUUGUUGUUAAUAUGUAAAUCGGAAGUUAUUAAUUAUUCUGAUUAUUGAUUGAGUCAAAUGAGUUAGUUAAUUCGUAAACAAUGUGAAAUUUUAUGAAACAACAUUUACCGAGAUAUAAGAUAAUGAAAAUCAAUUAAAUUUAUGUUUAGAAAAUAUUAAUUUAAUUUAAAAUAUAAAAGACUAGAACAAGCAAAUAAGAAUGAAAAUUUUAAAAUAAUAUCUAUAAACUAUUGUAACAUAAAAAUUGCGAUUAUUUUAUUGUCGAAUUGUCAGUUGAGAUUUGUUGCUUAAAAUACGUCUCUCCUUUCUUUUUUUUUUUUUUUUUUUUUCUAUGUUAAUGUAUUUAUUUUACUACAUAUAUAAUAUAAUUUCUAAAUAUACGUGUUGAUUUUUUUUUAUUAAAUUUUAGUUUUACACAAAGAAAAAAAAAAAAACUCAACCCAAUAAAUAAAUAAUAAUAUACAUAUAAAAUUAUUUUCAAUUGCUUCAAAUAAUCCCAAUUAUUAUUCCAAUUUUGAGUGAAGUUUUUUUUUUUUUUUUAUAUAUAUAAUUUGGAACCAUUACAAUAAUUGAAAAAAAUAUAUUCAAUUAAAUAACAUAUAUAUAAAAAUAUAUUAUUCUUAUAUUAAAAUUUUGAUGUUGAAUGUGAUUAAAAUUGCAAUCGAUUGAUUGACGGUGAAAAGAAGUGAUAAAAAUACAAAUAAAGAUAAAAUUUUUUUUUUUUUAAGUAAAUAGUUGUAAUUGUGAAUGGAUACACAUGAUAAAAUGAAAAAUAAAAUAACAACUGAAUAAAUAAAAAAAAUAAAAAAAAACCAACCGUUUGUUGAUGUGUAGAUAAUUGUAGAUAAUGAAUGUAAAUAUAUUUAUGUAAUACAAUAUUACAAUUGAGUUGAAAAUAAAUUUAAAAAAUAUAUAAUUCUGCUAAAAAAACAAUAAAAAAAUGAAAAAAAAAAAAAAAAUUAAUUAAAUAGUUAAUAAUAUGUAUGAAGAGAAAUGAAAAAUUUUACUCGUAUAUUGUUUUGUCGGUAAAUUUGUAAAAACAAAAAUAUAUAUGUAUACAUAUAUAUAUUAUUAUAAAUCGAAAAGAACAAACAACUAUGUGGGCAUUUGAAAGAUCUGAUUUGAAAUAAAAAAUUAUAUAAAAUUAGAUGAUAGAAAUAAAAGAUAAAAAUAUACAGAAGACUACACCAAUCACACAACGAACAUAAAUAAUUUUUAUGUUUAUCAAUUUCAUUGUUACAUAUUUAUCUCAUUCGUAAAUUUUUUCUCAUUAAUAAAAAACAUUCAUACUGACCAUUAAAUUUUAACAUUGCAUUUACAAUUCAUUUUUAUUAUUAUGUUAUUUAUUUGUAUUAAUCAAUAAUGAUUAUAUACAAAUUAAUUUAUUAAAAUUGCAUAACAUCAAAUUUCAUUUUAUAUAUGCAUAGUCAUUCAACAUCAGCUCAAGGAAAAACCAUUUUUAAAAUGAAGAAAAUUUAAAAGUGCAUGUCAACAUCUGAGUCAAUUUGCACCAAAAAAAAAAAAAAGAAAAACAUUCACUCACAUUGAAAAAAAAAAAAAUUAUAAUAAAAUAAAGUUGAAAUAUAUAUGAAUAAAUAAAAUAAAAAAUUAGAACAGUGCUGAUUAAAAAUUUAAGAUUUAACAUAGCAUCUAGAUACAAAAAAAAAAAAAAAAAAUUAAAAAAAAAAUGUAUGUGUGUAGAGCGAUAAUUAUUAUCAAAAAUAGUUGAUAUAUAACGUAAUAAUUAACACACAAAAAACAUAAUCAAGUGUCUAAAUUUACGUCUAUUAAUUAUUAAAAAAAAUUUUCAUAAUAUUUUGCUUAUUUUUUUGUUAUUUAUCAUUUCAUAUUAAUUUAUUUUACAGCAUGAUCUAUCAGUUUUUUUGUUUUUUUUCCCAAUAAAGCAAAUUAAUUAUGAUAAAUAUUACAUAAUUAAUUGAUGAUUAUUGUUAAUAAAUAAUAAUAGAAAAUCAAAACAACAUGAACAACAACAACAAACAUAUCGCACAUCUUUUGUGAUCGUAUGUUUAUAUACUUGGAUCACUGAAGAAAGGAGUUAUACAUUUUUUUUUUUUUUUUCAUAUAGAAAAAACGUUGAAAAAACAAAAAAAAACUAAAAUUGAUUCAUGAAACUUUUGAUACUCAGCUUGCAAAAUAAAUGCAGCUUACGAGUAAUAUCAAUUUACAAAAAAAAAUAAAACACGUUUAAUGCAUUUUUAAAAUCCGAGUUGUCAAGCAAUUCAAACUAAUAUUGCAACUGCAUUUUUUCUAUUGAAAAAAAAAAUAUAAUUAAAUACAAAAUAGGCCUUUUGUUUUCAAUGACAUUGGUGGACGUAUUAAUAAAAGCCUAAUAAUACAUUUCAAAAGAAAAAAAAAAUUAAUUAAAAAAUAAAUAGUAACACCAUGAAAUAGUCAAAUUUGUAUGAAGCAUUGUGCAACAACUACUGAUAUUCUAAUUACAAAAAUAAUAAUUAUAAAAUAAUAAUAUUGUUCUACUGCCUGCAUACAGUGUAGAAGUAGUUUUAAUUGUGACUAUGUGACUUGUUAAUUUGAUAUUUCAAAAAGAAAAGAAAAAAAAAAAAACAGUCGAAAUGCAUAAGAAUUUAUUUCAUGCCAUAAGUUGAUAAAAUUUUUAAUAUUAUCACAAGAUAACAAUAACUGGGACCUUGAUUUUGACUAAAAAAAUUUAUUUUUCAAUUUUUAAUAUAUAUUUUUUUUUUUAUACUAUUUUUAAUUAUUGUAAAAUCAAUUUUCAUUUCUAUUAAUUACUCGAAAUAUUUGAAAUUAAAAAAUCAUUAAUUCUAUCAUUAGUUAAUGACAAUUUAAUCAAAAAAAUAAUAAUAUUAAUAAUUAAAAUAUAAAUUUAUGCAUUACGACUGUAAAUCAUUUUUUUUUUUUUUUUUUUUGCAAUUAAUUUAAUUAUCAAUCAAGGACACAAUUAAAAAAAAAAAAAAAAACAAUUAUACUCGCGAUUAUAUAAAGUUCAAUAUUUCGAAUUUUAUCGAAGACUAUUGAGACUCAGGAAGAGAAUAAGUUUUCGUCUAUAAUUUACGAAAUCAUAUUCAAUUGCAAGAAAAAAAAAAAAACAAAUACUAAACUAUAUCGAUAAACAGUGUUGUGAGUUAAUUAAUAUUAAAUAUCAUUAUUAUGUAUAGUAAAUAUUAAUUGUAUCUUGAAGCCAUUGUUAUUUGUAGCUUCCAUUUAAAUUGAAAAGUAUAAAAUAUAAAAAAAAAAUAAAACCCAGAGGGAAAUUGAUAUUACAUAUACAUUGUCAAUUAGAUUCAGACUGAUCGCAGGGCUUUAAAGUGCAUAUAAUAGCAACAUUGUAUGUUUUCGGUGUCACUAUUUUAAUUAUAUAUAAUAUAUAAGCUUGUCGUUAUAACACAACAACAAACAUAAUAACAAAAAAAAAAAUAAUAAUAAACAUAAAUUUUAUUAUAUAUUUAAAAUUAUUAAAAUGAAAAAAAAUUAAUUUAUUAUUUUGCUAUUAAAUUUCGAAAAUAAUAAAAUAAUUUGAUAAUCAAGAGUCCACAAAUUAUUGGAAAACAAUUAAAUAAAUAGACAUAUUAAUUAUGAAACAAUGAAAAAAAAAUUUAAAAAAUACAGUGACAACUUUAAAUGAGUCUUCCUUUAAUCUUAUAAUAUCACAUUAUUUGUCUGAUUAACAUCAGAUCAAAUGACACAAAACACGGUCCCCGCAGUGCCCACUAUUGACAAUUCAAAUCAAUUUAAAUACUAUUUCUUUUUUUUUCAACGCAGUUUGUUAUCAAAAAUUAUAUUUAAAAAAAAUAAAAAUAAAGUAAGACUCCUAUACAUUCUGAAAAAAAAUAAAUAAAAUUAAAAAAAAAGUGAAUUUUUGGACCAAACAAUUUUACACUCUAUAAAUAAUAUAUGAGUGCUAUAUAAAACUAAUUUCAUGGACUCUUCAUAAUAUCUCUGGACCCGAAUACGCACUAAACACAUAUAAACAUAAUCUUUAAUACGUAAAAAAAAAAAAUAUUUAAAUGUAAAAAAAUAACAGUAUAUAAUCAUUGUUAAUUCUGUAAUAUGAUAUACAUAUGUGAUUUGAUUUUUUUUUCUUUUUUUUUUUUUUAUUAUUAUUAAUAAUAAUUUUAUGAAUAUUAAAAAGAAAAAAAAAAGGAAAAAAAAUCACAGUGUUUUUUUGAUGGUGACACUUGUUAUUUGACGAUAUUGUCGUAAUGAGAAUAAAAAAAAAAAACAAUUAUUUUAAAUACGACAACACAAAGUGUAAAAAAAACGUUGUAUUAAUUAUUAAUAAUCUCAUCAGUCAAUGUAAAACAGAGCUGUGUGUUGAAAAGUGCAUAAAAUAUUAGCAAUUGCAUGAAUAACUAACAAAAAAAAAAACAAAAUAAUAAUAAUAAUCGCUUAAUAAAGCGUUAAAAAUUUAUUUAACUUUUUUUUUUUUUUUUGUUAAUUAUAUUGCAUUUAAAAAUUCGAAAAGUAAUGGUCAGUAUGCUCUUUCUAUCGGACUUUAGUAUAAUAACCAAAUAUUUAAAAAAAAAAAAAAAAAAAUUAAUAAAUUAAUGAA